AUGUUUAACCCUGAGAUAAACUUCCACCCUACCUUCACCACGCCCUCCCGCCCCCUCACCUGGCUCAUAACAGGCUGCUCCUCAGGCCUCGGCCUCGCCCUCGCCCGCCAGGUCCAAGCAUCCGGCCACACCGUCAUAGCCACCUCGCGCAACCCUUCCCGCACGCCCGAGCUCGUGGAGGAGAUCACCAAGGGCGCCUCGGCAGGCAGCCCAGGCAGGUGGAUCACCCUCGACGUCGACGACCCGCACGCGGGCAAGGUCAUCGCGGACCUCGAGGCCGAGGGCGUGGCGAUCGAUGUGCUGUGCAACAACGCCGGGUAUUCCAUCCACCACACGGUGGAGCAGUUCACAGAGGAUGAAAUCCGUGCGCAGUUCGAGACGGUGUUUUUUGGGCCGUACAGGCUUAUGCGAGCCGUCUUGCCGGGUAUGAGGAGGCGGCGCUUUGGGGUGGUGGUGAAUAUGAGUACUGGCGCCAGUCUCGAAGGGCGAGAUAGCAUGGGCAUAUAUGCUGCUUCUAAAGCCGCGAUGGAUGGCCUCACUAAAGUCCUGGCCAAGGAAGUUGCGGCAUUCAACAUACGUACACACACAAUUCUGCUGGGUGCAUUUCGCACAGAUAUGGGGAACAGGGCGCGUGUGGGCAGUGCAACAUUGGCAGAGGAUUACAAGGGUAGCCUGGUGGACCAGACUCUCCAGUUCAUGACCACCGGGAAGUUCGUCGGUGACGGGGAUCCCAAGAAGGCAGCCCGGGCGAUCUAUCAGCUGGUUGCGGGCGAAGGCUUGGGUGCCGGUAAGGAAGCUGAGCUGCUUAUGCCUCUCGGCCGAGACAUGGAGGCAAGAGUUCAGUUGUGUCGGAAUCGUCUGGACCAUUGCUGGGAGGUAUUUGGUGAUAUUGCGAUGAAUGUGCGUGCUGAUUCGUGA